AUGCUUCACCUGGCCCCCGAGUUGGCCGACAUCGCGCACAAUCGCGCUCUGGCGGAGCAGGGACUCGCCCGCGCUGCUGCCAUGGGCGCUCAGUGGGUGAUAACCCCGGAAUUGUUCGUCACCGGCUACAAGUUCGCUGAGAUGAUCGGCACGGACUGGAUACUUCCCCAGCCUGACGAUUGGAUGCAGGCCUUCUGCGGGCAGGUCCGUGAGCACGGCGUCACGGUGUUCCUUUCCCAUCCCGAACGGGACCCUGAAGCCGGAUUGAUGUACAACACGGUUUUCGUUAUCAGUUCCGAUGGUCGCAUCAUCGGCCGCCACCGCAAGGUCAAGGCCCUUCGCGGCCCCGAGGCUUGGUCCUCCCCCGGCGAAGAAAUCGUCCCCAUCGAUUGCGACGGGACCGCCGUCGGCGUCGUGAUCUGCGCCGACGCCUACCUCAACGACGUCGCGGGCAUUCUGAAAGACCGCGGUGCGCAGAUCCUCGUGUCACCCGCAUCCUGGGGCCCCGGCGACUGUGGCCCGGUCGGAGAGUGGGAACAGCGAACCCUGGACACCGGUCUGCCCAUAAUGGUGUGCAAUCGUUCCGGCUGGGAGGCAGACGACCUCGACUUCAACGAGGCCGUCAGCGUCGUCGCGGUAAACGGCAAGCGGGUGCUUCAGGCCUUUUGUGGAGAGGAGUCGGCCAUCCUGCUGUUUGAUUGGGACUUGGACACCAUGGCUCCCGUCUCCACCGAUUACGAAAUCGCCUGGCUGUAG